AUGUCUCACAAUCAUCAUAUUCAGCAUGCCAUCUCUCGAUUCUUGAAUACCCCCAAGAAUUUCAGAAAAGAACAGGAUGCAAAGGGAAAUUUCAUGGGAUUUUCACCGUUUGACACUUCGCAACUGCAACUCGCUCAACAAUUGAGUGACAAAUAUUUCAGAAUCUCUCAAGAAAAUACCGGAAAUGAUCCUGUCGGUGCCGUAUUUGCUCAAGCCCAGGAAGAUGCGCAAAAUUAUGAUCCCGAGUUAAUUCGUUAUGCACUCAUGAUUUGGAUUGUACAUGAUCCUGAGGCUCGAAGAAGAAAUAUUAAAAUUCCACCUCUGGGAGCACGUGCCCCUCAUAUAGUAACUCCAAAAUUAAAUCAUCAGGCAACCACAGGGCAAAAGGUAUUACAAACAACCGAUCCCAAAGAUUUAGGAUGGUGGAGAGAAGAUCCAAACUUGAAUGAACAUCACGAACAUUGGCAUCUUGUAUUCCCGGCUUUCGCUGUCAACGGUAAGACCAAGGAUCGGGAAGGUGAAAACUUUGCCUAUAUGCAUCGACAAAUGUUGGCAAGGUAUGACAUUGAACGAAUUUCACUCGGUCUUCAACUUGUAAAACCUUUUGAUAACUAUUCCGAAAGCAUACCCGAGUCAUAUGAUCCAAAUCCUAAUCUGUCGUCGAACCCUGAUGACGAUCCGUCUACUGCAGAUAUUCCUUUUACGGCUCGUGCAUCGGGAAAGCAACUGUCGGAUUUGGGAGGAAACAAUACGGUAAAACAAUUGCUGGCAUAUAGGCAACAACUUUAUGACAGAAUUGAUGGAAGAGGAAGUAAUCCUUUUGGCACGGAUGACAAAUCGGCAACAAUUGUGGGAAAUACAUUAGAAACCACCUUACACAAUCUUGGUCAUAUGCUUAUAGCUUAUAUCAUGAAUCCAAGUCAAGCCAAUUCUCCAAGCGUUUCUCCAGGUGUGAUGAUCGAACCUCGCACGGCGGUUAGAGAUCCCGUGUUUUUCCGAUGGCACAGAGAAGUGGACAAUGUGUACUCGCGAUGGGAAAAUAGACAAAGUCCCCAUGACUUCCAUGCUGACGCACCACCGGUCAUAAUCAAACAAGAUGGUGUUAUUCUUGCCUUCAAGGAUAAAUUAUUGGAAGCGGAUUCAAAAGGAAGUUCGGACGAUUGGUUGAAUUACGCGAAAAAAACCUUUGGAUUUGAUGCAAAUUUAUCGAACAAUCCAGUGAUCACAAAUGAACUUCAAACUGAAAUGAAGACCAGAAAUUUUGUAUGGGUUGAAGAUGAUAAGUCCGAAACCAAACUAACUUAUUUGUAUCCAAGGGAGUUUUAUUAUUUCUUCCGUGUUGAAAAUACUACCAACAGUAGAGUUGAUAUCACUCUACGAGUCUUCCUGGUUCCCGAGGUCCUAAAGGAUUCACGCAUACAUUGGAUUGAGUUGGACAAAAUAAGCAGAACGCUUCAACCUCACGAAAAAGCCGUAUUUUCUCAACCCUGCGAUGAAUCUGUGGUAAUUCGCAAACCAGCACAAAAAACACCACAAGAAAUGGAUGAUUCCGCGAUCACACCAUCCGAGCGAGAUCAGGUAUCAACUCAGAGUGCCGACCAACAAUCCGACACAUUCUUCUGUGAUUGCGGAUGGCCAUACAAUCUCCUACUACCUCGUGGCACCAGGGAAGGUCUCAAAUGCAAACUUUUAGUUUUUAUUACAGAUGGAGCGAAAGACGCCGUGAAGAAAACAAACAUAAAAUGUGGAAGUUUAUCAUUCUGCGGUGCUCGGUGGGGAGAACCUUACCCUGAUGCCAGAAGAAUGGGCUAUCCAUUCGACAAGCCUUUCAAGAAUAAUUCAUUCGAUGCUACUUUUGCGGGAUUACAGAACGUCGCCAUUCGUGAUGUGAAUGUCAAAUGGGUCGAUAACUUCCCGGAUGUUUCAACGGUCGCAUAA